CUCUUUUUUUCUCUCUCUCUUCUCUCCCACCCCCGCGCUGCUCUGCAAGGGGGAGUGGGAGUGGGAGUGGGAGUCAUGAAAGAGUGCGUGUGUAGCCCCAGCCCUCCCUCGCCUGUACAGCUGGCAGUCUGAGUGAGCGAGUGAGCGAGCGUGGAUCUCCGUGGACUCUUCUCUUGUCUAACUGCGCUUUGUUUACCUCAGCAGUUUGCAGCCAUCGUGGACGUCUUCCACGCGCCUCGUUGUGCACAAAGAAGGUAAAAUAAUGUUGGCUGCAAAGCACUUCCUCCUCCUCCUCGUCGCCAUGUGUUCGCCGCGCUGCUCGGCGCAGUCGACGCCGGCCGGCGCCACCACGCUCGCCGCCCCCGGCCCCUCGCCGCCGCUCGCCACCCCGCAGCCGCUGGCGGAGAGGUUAAAGGUGCGGCUGGCCGGCUACCCGCGCAAACACAACGAGGGCCGCGUGGAGCUCUUCCACAAGGGCGAGUGGGGCACCAUCUGUGACGACGACUUCUCCAUCGCCAACGCCAACGUGCUGUGCCGCCAGCUGGGCUUCGUGGCCGCCACCGGGUGGACGCACAGCGCCAAGUACGGCAAGGGGCAAGGUCAAAUCUGGCUGGACAACGUGAUGUGCGGCGGGGGCGAGAAGAGCGUCCACCUGUGCAAGUCUCGGGGCUGGGGGAACAGCGACUGCACCCACGACGAAGACGCCGGAGUGGUGUGCAAAGACGAGAGGAUCCCCGGCUUCGUGGACACCAACGUCAUCGAGGCUCACGUGGACGAGGACCAACUGGAGGAGGUGCGUCUCCGGCCGGUGGUGGCGGCGGCCAAGAAGAAGCUGCCGGUCACGGAGGGCGUGGUGGAGGUGAAGUACAAGGACGGCUGGGCGCAGGUCUGCGACGUGGGCUGGACGGCCAGGAACACCCGUGUGGUCUGCGGCAUGCUGGGAUUCCCUCACGAGAGGAAGGUCAACAAGAACUUCUACAGGUUGUUCUUGGAGCGUCAGAAGAACGUCUUCCGCGUCCACUCGGUGGCGUGCGCGGGCACGGAGGUGCACCUGGCGGCCUGCCCCCUGCGGUUCAACGCGGCCAACGGCACGUCGACCUGCAAGGGCGGCUCGCCCGCCGUGGUCGGCUGCAUGGCGGGGCCGCUCUUCCUGCAGACCAGCGGCUUGAAGAAGAAGAAGCCCAGAACCUCGAGCAAUGUGAGGCUGAAGGGUGGUGCCAGGCUUGGUGAAGGUCGUGUGGAGGUGUUGAAGGGCAGUGAGUGGGGCACGGUGUGUGACGACCGCUGGAGCCUGCAGUCAGCCAGUGUGGUGUGCAGAGAGCUGGGCUUCGGCAGCGCCAAGGAGGCCAUGACGGGGGCACGCAUGGGUCAAGGCCUGGGUCCCAUCUACAUGAACGAGGUGAGGUGUGUGGGUAGUGAGAAGUCCAUCUGGAAGUGUCCCUUCAAGAACAUCACGUCUGAGGACUGUCAGCACACCGAAGACGCGGCCGUGCGCUGCAACAUACCCUACAUGGGCCUGGAGAACUCGAUCCGCCUAACAGGGGGGCGCACCGGCUACGAGGGCCGCGUGGAGGUGCUCGGCACGGACGCCAAUGGCACCGAAGCCUGGGGCCUGAUCUGUGGAGAGACCUGGACCACCAAGGAGGCCAUUGUGGUCUGCAGGCAGCUGGGACUGGGCUACGCUAACCAGGGCCUGCAAAUCCGGAUUGUGGGCGGCCGCAGCAGUUAUGAGGGCCGGGUGGAGGUUCAGGUGGGGUCCAAGUGGGGCACAGUGUGCAGCAAAGGGUGGACCACCAAGGAGGCCAUGGUGGUCUGCAGGCAGCUGGGCCUGGGCUACUCCAUGCACGCCAUCAACGAGACCUGGUACUGGGACAGCAGCAAUGUGACCCACAUGGUGAUGAGCGGCAUCAAGUGCACGGGUGGUGAGAUGUCUCUGACUCAGUGCCAGCACCACAAGACGGUCAGCUGUCAGAAAGCCGCCGCCAAGUUCGCCGCCGGAGUCAUCUGCUCUGAGACCACCUCCGACCUGGUCCUCAACGCCGGCCUGGUCCAGCAGACGGUCUACAUUGAGGACCGGCCCCUGCACAUGCUGUACUGUGCUGCUGAGGAGGACUGCCUGGCCAAGAGUGCCGCCCAGGCCAACUGGCCCUAUGGACAUCGCCGCCUGCUGCGCUUCUCCUCACAGAUACACAACAUCGGCCGGGCCGACUUCAAACCCAAGGCGGGCCGCCACUCCUGGGUGUGGCACGCCUGUCACGGGCAUUACCACAGCAUGGACAUCUUCACCCACUACGACCUGCUCAGUGCCAACGGGACCAAAGUGGCAGAGGGACACAAAGCCAGCUUCUGUCUGGAGGACUCGGACUGCCAAGAAGGUGUUUCUAAACGCUACGAGUGCGCCAACUUCGGAGAUCAGGGCAUCACGGUGGGCUGCUGGGAUUUGUACCGCCAUGACAUCGACUGCCAGUGGAUCGACAUCACUGACGUCAAGCCCGGAAACUACAUCAUGCAGGUGGUCAUCAACCCAAAUUUCGAGGUGGCCGAGAGCGACUUCACCAACAACGCCAUGAAGUGCAACUGCAAAUACGACGGCCACCGCAUCUGGUUCCACAACUGCCACAUCGGAGACGCCUUCAGCGAGGAGGCGGAGAGAAGGUUCGAGAAGUACCCGGGACAGCUGAACAACCAGAUCUCCUAAUAACCUCCCACGUCUUCCCAGUUGCGAUGUUUGAACGUUCCGAGAGUUUUUGGAGGUUUGUUUCAUGGUAGGUUUUUAGUCCGGUUUUUGGCUGGGACUGGUCUGGGCUCUCGUGAGGGGUUUCCAUGUUCGGACCACUCAAGUCAAGCCUUUAAUGUCACCUUGUUUUUGUGAAUGUAUUUAUUACGUGUCAAAGGUGCUCCAGGAAUGUUUUGAUCACCUCCUGAGGUGAUGCGGCGUUCGGUUUUUAGGAUUAUUCAAAGUCUGGACAAAGUGGACACAAUAGAGAGUCCAACAAAUGCUGUAUGUAAUCACACCUGCUGCCCGCCAUUAAAGGAGAGGAAUAGUAAUGA